AAUAAUCCACUAUUUCUUAAAGUUUAUAAAACAGCAGAGGCUGAAGAACCUCUCAAGUAUCACUACAUUGCUCACACAGCUUUGGAUAUUGUUGAAGAAAAGAUCAGCAAUCGUAAAACAACAACAAAUGUUAGUCAAAAUGACAUGUAUUUGGGUCUUCUUUUCCCAACUGAAAUUUACAAAGUUUAUGGAUAUAUAACGAACAGUGAUGUUAAAUUAUUAUUAAUAAUUGCAGGAGACGAAUAUCAACAAUCGGACAGAGAUUCGGAAAUCAAAUCAUUAUUCCAACAACUUCAUUCUUUAUAUAUUGAUUGUAUUUGUAAUCCUUUUUAUACAUUUGGAGAGAAAAUUGAUUCUCUGAAUUUUGCUGUAUCUGUACGUAAUUUAGUCCAAAACUAUAAUCAACAACAAGGAGUUGGUUCAUCGAGAAAGAGUAAAAAGUUUUAA